AGGCAAGAAUUUGCCCAACUUGGAAGAAAACAACUUGGCCAAUUUAUGAACUGCUCGACUCGGCUUAUCACUCAACUAAAUUCGUCCGAGUCGCAUCGCUUCUUCCUCGCCACCACCAAAUUUCUUCCCCCUCGAGCGCCAAACAGCCUCAUUUUCACUCCUAACAUUUCAUUUUCAGCCCCAAGAUUCUCUAAAAUUGCCUCAUUUUCUAACAAAGCCGGUAAUUUUCUUGGAUCCAACCGGAACCCUCCGGCAAUGGACCCUUACCCGCCGGAAUCAUCGGACCGGCCUCCUGCUGCCGAGGACUUUGUUCACAUCGAAAAUCCUAAUCCUAAUGUCGAGGCGUUGAGCGAGAGCAUUGUCGAUGUUGCUGAUGAACUGAGGGUGGACACCGGCGCCGAUAUAAGGAGUGUUAGUGAGCCGAGGAGGACAGAGCUACCGGAGGGGCUUUCUAAAAGUGUGGUGGUUCUCAAGUGCGAGUCGACGGCGGAAAGUGGAUCAUGCGAUGUGUACUUGGUUGGCACAGCACAUGUUUCUCAGGAUUCAUGUAAAGAAGUUGAAGCCGUAAUCCGCUACUUGAAGCCGGAGGUUGUCUUUGUGGAGUUGUGUUCCAGUCGAGUAGCUGUGCUUACUCCUCAGAAUUUGAAGAUUCCAACAAUGGGAGAAAUGAUAGAGAUGUGGAAGAAAAAGCAUAACCUGUUUGGGAUACUUUAUAGCUGGUUUCUUGCCAAGGUUGCUAAUAAGCUUGAGGUUUACCCGGGUUCUGAGUUUCGUGUGGCUUUUGAAGAAGCAAGAUCGUAUGGUGGCAAAGUGGUACUCGGUGAUCGCCCUGUGCAGAUUACAUUACGGAGGACAUGGGGGAAAAUGCCUCUUUGGCAUAAGACAAAAUUAUUGUACUCCCUGCUUUUUCAAGCGUUCUUUCUACCAAGCCCUGAAGACCUUAACAAAAUGCUGAAGGAGAUGGAUGAUGUUGACAUGCUGACUCUUGUGAUUCAAGAGAUGAGUAAGGAGUUCCCCACUCUAAUGGAAACCCUGGUGCAUGAACGAGACCAGUACAUGUCUGCCACAUUACUAAGAGUUGCUAGUGAACAUACUUCAGUUGUUGCGGUCGUUGGGAAGGGACAUUUGCGGGGAAUUAAGAAGCAUUGGAAGCAGCCUGUACCGAUUAAGGAUCUCCUGCAAAUGCCUUCACAGAAACCAGCAAUUUCAGCUCUGAAGGUUCUUACAUCUCUUGGUGUCGCAGUUGCUGGUGUGGCUAUUAUUUCAGGCAUUUAUAUUGCAUUCAAGAAAUAGUCCUGAUGUUUCUUUAUUUACUUUUUACCGUCACAUUAAUCAAAGGCAAUUGUUUGUUCUUUUAUCUGUUUCGCUUUUCACAAUAUGACUCAACAGAAUUUGUUCCUUAGCCUUAGAACAAAUGAGAAAUUUACCUUUCAUGAUCCCUUGUAUAUUUGAUAACCUUAGGUUGUUUGUAGUUUGUUUCAUUACUUUGGUUAUACACUGAAAUUGAUGUAGCCAAACGAUGAUUACCAUUACACCUUAA